CCGCUUCUUUUGAUCACUUUCUUCGUCGUCUCUCCCAAUCGUCCAAUUAAUCUCUGCUUCAAUUUUAUCCAGUGAAGAGGUUUUUAUUUUAUUUUGUGCGUUUUUGUAUCGAGAUGGUGUUGUCGACGAGCAAUACUAGCAACGCGCACGAAUUUGUCAUCGAUGACGUUAUCAGCAAGGCUCGAUGCGAUCUCGUUUACAGUGGAGAACUUGAUGAGAGUGUUCUUAGCCAGAUUCAAUCGAAGUGGAAAACGAAGAUGAUACAAGCUGGAGUCAUAAGUGGUACGAUCGAGACAUGUUCUGCUUCGUUUAAUCCCAGUCCCACACAUACGCCUCUUCAGACUCGGGAGCCAAAUCCUGCUCAGUUUCUCAAGUCUGAUCCACCCAUGGGCCUUAUGAUGGCCACAAAGACAGAGUGUGACGAGUUUUAUAUUCCCCAGCAAGAUGGAGCGAGAGAUCUUGUCACACAGCCAAACUCUUGUGAUUUUAAUGAUGUAGAUGAGAAUGAAGAGCUUUUGAAUGAAGACGAUGAUGAUGAGGAAGACGCUAUUGAUGAUGAUGAUUCAAACAUUCCACAUAUGGUCUUGUGUCAGUUUGAUAAGGUGAAGCGUUGCAAAAGCAAGUGGGAGUGCAAAUUCAAUGCGGGCAUUAUGCAAAUUAACGGCAAAAAUGUUCUUUUCUCAGAGGCCACUGGAGAUUUCAACUUCUAAAAGAUGCAACAAGAAACACCCUCUUCUCAAUUUACAGAACAUUUUUUGGCUUUGUUCCAAUACAUCUAUGCAAGGGUUUAACUGAAUGGAAGCAAUUUGCAAAAUUUGACUA